CCCCGGCUUUCUUCCUGCCUUUCCCAUCCCCUCCUCCCUUGCCCUCUGCUCCUCGAUUCCUCGCCGCCGCUGGUCUGGUGGCUCCAUCCAUCCUCUCACCGCUGCGUCUUCCUCGGACGCCAACGCAGGUCCCUCGCGCCUAGGGUUCUCGAAGUCCGUGUCGCCAAGAUAAUGGCUGGCCACCGAAACAGUCAUGGAAAGCGCCACACUGAUUAUGCUGAAAAUGGAGGCGGUAAGAGAAGAAAUCCUGGUGAUGAUACCUAUGCUCCUGGUCCAGAUGAUACUGUCUAUCGCUACCUCUGCGCCUCUAGAAAAAUUGGGAGUAUCAUUGGCAGGGGUGGAGAGAUUGCAAAGCAAUUGAGGAAUGAAACUCAAGCUAAGAUUAGGAUUGGUGAGAGUGUUCCUGGGUGUGAUGAGCGAGUUAUCACAAUAUUUAGCUCAAGCAGGGAAACUAAUACCCUUGAAGAUGCUGAAAAUAAGGUUUGCUCUGCUCAAGAUGCUCUCUUUAGAGUUCAUGAGAGGCUUGCCACUGACGACGGUCCUGGACACGAAGACAGUGAAGAAGUUUUACCUCAAGUUACUGUUCGCUUGCUUGUGCCAUCAGAUCAGAUUGGAUGCAUUAUUGGAAAAGGUGGGCAUAUCAUCCAAGGAAUCCGCAGUGAGACUGGUGCGCAAAUACGUGUGCUUAGUAAUGAUCAUAUUCCUGCAUGUGCCAUUAGUGGCGAUGAACUUCUCCAGAUAUCUGGGGACGCUGUAGUUGUCAAGAAGGCUCUUCUUCAAGUUUCAUCUCGCCUCCAUGACAACCCAUCUAGGUCACAUCAUCUUCUAUCAUCCAGCUUGACCCAACCUUAUCCAGGAAGCUCGCACCUUGGUAGUUCCUCUACGGCACCUGUUGUAGGGCUUACUCCUGUAAUUUCUCCUUAUGGAGGAUACAAAGGUGAUGUGGCAGGAGAUUGGCCUUCCAUAUACCAACCACCCAGGAAUGAGAGCUCCGCAAAGGAGUUUAGUUUGCGUUUGCUUUGUGCUGCUGCGAAUGUGGGAGGUGUAAUUGGGAAGGGUGGCGGAAUUAUCAAACAGAUUAGGCAGGAAUCUGGAGCAUUUAUCAAAGUUGAUAGCUCUAGUUCAGGUGCUGAAGAUGACUGCAUAAUUACAGUUUCUGCAAAGGAGUUCUUUGAAGAUCCUGUCUCUCCAACAAUUGAUGCUGCUGUACGUCUACAGCCUAGAUGCAGUGAGAAAAGUGAUUCAGAAUCAGGGGAGCCAUCAUACACAACACGCUUGUUGGUGUCAACAUCACGUAUUGGGUGUUUAAUCGGCAAAGGUGGUUCAAUCAUCACUGAGAUUCGGAGAUCAUCUAGAGCAAACAUUCGCAUCCUUUCUAAGGAAAAUGUUCCAAAAGUAGCAGCAGAAGAUGAAGAGAUGGUUCAGAUCAGUGGAGACCUUGAUGUUGCAAGAAAUGCUCUUGUGCAAAUAACUACAAGGCUGAAAGCCAAUUUCUUUGAAAGAGAGGGCACAUUAUCAGCAUUACCACCUGUGGUCCCGUACCAUCCUUUGCCUGCUGGUGUGUCGGAUGAACCAAGGUAUCUAGGAAGAGACCCUAAGCCUGCUGGGCAUGGUUAUCUAUAUUCAAGUGGAUAUCGUGCAUCAGAUGAUAUAAUUCCUGCUGACAGUUAUGCAAAUUAUGGCAGCUCCCAGGCCUCUGGAGGAGGAUAUGGGGCUUACAGUGGGUACAGUGGUCGCUCUAGCAGCAGUGGGUUAUCUGGUCAUAAUUCUCUUCCCUAUGGAAAGCGUCAUGGUUAUUAGGAUUUAAAUUGAUAAAUAAAACAGGUAUGGUUCCUCCACCUUGUCUUGACAUGUCAUAGAAUGAUUAUGUGAUUGAGCCUUUAUCCUUACUGCUUAUCUGCCUUUUGAACACAUUUAACCCAGUUCAGCUAUCUUCUGAUGGACCUGUUAUUUUCACCUUUGCCCCGCUACCCCCCUCCUGUACUAAAAAGAGCCAAGACAAAUGAAGUUUGGAGCCUGCUUAUUGGAGCCCCUUCCCAAACCAGAUGAACCAAGAGUAUGGCCCAACCCGGAAGCUUUGCUUAAGAGGACCUGCCUGGAUGCCCUAGACCAUCUGUUUUCCCUCGCAUACUACAUUUACUUAUAUUUUCCUACGGGCCUGUGUUUGAAGCCCCUCCGUAAAUGUUCCAAACCUAUGUAUUGAAAGGUCACAUUUGAAACUGCUUGUAUUUGUUCACUUGGAACUUGCUUCACCUUAGUGGCUUGUGUUGAAAUACUCUGUUUCCUA